GGGGACCCUUGGGAAUGGACGAUAUGAAGAGCAUGUCUACUGGUCUUGCUGUAAAGAGUCUAGACCCCGUAUUGAAAAGUCCAGAGUUGAUUGAUAAUGCCAAGUUUAUCACCAAUAAUUUUUGGAGACUACCUGAUACCUAUCUAACGGACGCUGUGAUAAAUAUAGCCUCUAGUUUGUUUGGAUUAUUGCCACAAUCUAGGGGACCCUUCGGAAUGGACGAUAUGAAGAGCAAGUCUACUGGUCUUAGCUCUCAACUAAACUAUGUCAGUGGAACUUUUGGAAAAAAAUCAAAUGCAGCAAAUAAGGAAGAGCAUAAACCAUUAGACCCAGUUGGAUAUAACUCAUUACGAGAUGUGAACGACAGAGCACAAGAUGAAGCGCCUCCUUUCACGCUAUCCAACAGGACAAUCCUCUUACUCAUGGGACAAUUUGCCUAUCAAAUGUCGAUACCCGUAGAUAGACUGAGAGUAAAGUUGGCACACGUCAAAACUGCUGUCACGACUCUAGUCUCUGAAUUCAAACUUCCAGACUUUCUUGCUUUUGCCAAGGGAUUCACCAGCAAUUGGGGGUGUGAACGCUUCAUACCAAAUAUUAUACCUAAAGCUACUUUCAAAAUUGAAAAGUGUGUCCAGUAUAUGGCUGAUGUCGUCAACUUUAAAACCUGCCCUCCAUCUGCUGGCGAAGAGGAAAAUCAAGAGGAGGAAGCUGUGGAUAUUAAAGAGGACCCAACCGACGUCAACGAGGCAGCGAAAACCUGGCACGACGUUCCCCAGUUUUCUUACAUGAAAAGCAUGCUAAAUCUGGGCAAGAAGUUUUUGGAUAGAGUCGACUGUGAGAAGCCGACGACCCGAUCAGCUUUGAUGAAGGGUAAAAUCUUGUGCGAAGAGACUCUGGUCGACGCUAUCAACAAUUACGCCUGCACAUAGGAGGAGGACUUCGAAAACAGAAACGAAGUUCAAGGAACCAAGUUUCAAGUUUUAUCAUUUUUUUUUUAAUUUCUUCUACACUAUUUAGGUUACUAGUAUGCCUACAAGCUGUAUAACACAGUAAACUUUGGAACAACCUUUCUGAUAUUUAAACUUGAUUUUUAACCACUAGUUAAAAAAUAAAAUUAAAUCAGUGUUGUUUUUGGUUACUCACUAUGGAUAUGUAUUUGUCAAAUGUAAAACUUUUAAAAUAAAA